AAAGCACAACUUUAAAGCUUCAUAACCCAAAUUGUAUUCAACCAUACAAAUCCAAAUCCAAUGAAACAAAGACUGAAAUUUAGAGAAGGAAAAGAGAUUUGGCUAAGUGUUGUAUAACUCAAACUCGUUUGGACUCGUUACUGGAGCUCGACUCCCAAGCGAGAUUUGGGUUUGACUCAGUAUUGCAUCCUAUUACAAAUCCUUAUAAACCAUCUGUAAUCAAAAGGCAAAGAAGGUGGUUUAUCUUCAUCUUUGGAAAGAGAACUUUCCAUGAGACCCAAAGCCAAAGCCAAAGCCUCCGAUUUUAACUGAAUCAAAAAGAAGUUGUAACGCAAAGGCCAGUUGAAAGGAGGUGCAGUCUUUGAAUCUUUGAUUAAGAUCUAAUCUAAACCUCUUUUUUUUUCUUUUCUCUGUCACCAAAUAUUUUUUGCAACAGGGAACAGUGACAUUUUUCCAACAGGGCUUCUUCUGUUCUGUCCACACUCGUGGGCUGGUUUGCUUAUUUGGUAAAAUAAGGAACCAUAGAUACUUACAAACCCUUACCUCCGUAAAGAAUCUCAAUCCUCAAACAAAAGGCAAAAGAUCAACUUAGUCUUAAGGGAAGAAGGAAAGGAGGAAGAUAAAGAAAAGGGCUUUCAGCAUUUUGGAUAAGCUCCCUGUCUGCCUUCUCUUUCUUUCUUCCUAGAUUAACCCUUUUUGAGAGUUAAUAUUUUUUUUCCUUAUCAUUAUCUCUUUGUCUUAGAAUGAUUGAGGAGCAAGGUAGGAAUGUGAGUAACUAAGGGAGUCUGCAAGAGGGAAAACAGGGGAAAAGGAGAGAGUACGGAGAAGGUUAUUCUUCUUUCUCUGCUUUCUCUUGCUCCCAUUAUGGCCGCAGUUUUCUUUUCUACCCUUUUUUCCUUCUCUUCUGAUUAGAUUAACCAACAGGAAAGAAAGAGAAAAAAAACAAAAAAAAAGGUUAUUUUUUUGUUGUUUAAAUUAUUCCUUGUCGACAUCAUGACAUUUUUUGGAUACUUAUUAUAUAAAUCACUUCACAUUUUCCAAGGAUUUGCAACCUCCUAAGUUUGUUAUGUGCUUUCGAAUUAACAAGCAAAGCAAGACAUCUUGUUCAAAGAAAGGAACCUUUUUUUUUAACAGAAGGGGGAGAGCAAAGGGAACCCACCCCUUCCAACAAAAUUAAAACCCAACCCCCUUCCAUUAUUGUUGUUCCCUUUCCAGGAUGCUUCCUUUAACCUGCAUUCUCUUAAUAUGCACACUGGGUUCUGUCUCUUCCAUUGCCAGAGCUGCCUUCAAUCUUAGCCUCCCUCACCAGCACCCUGACCCUGAAUCCGUUGUUCAAGAUGUUCAAAGGAGGUUAAACGUGUCCUUGUCAAGAAGACAAGCCCUGUCUGUAACCCAAAAAGACCAAUGUCGCACUGGAAACCCCAUCGACGACUGCUGGCGGUGCGACCCAAACUGGUACAACAACCGCCAACACUUAGCCGACUGCUCCAUAGGCUUUGCACAAGGCACUCUAGGUGGAAAAGGUGGCCGGAUCUACACCGUCACAGAUUCCUCCGACAGCAACCCUGCUAACCCCAAGCCGGGCACUCUCCGUCACGCUGUCAUCCAAAACGAACCCCUAUGGAUCAUCUUCUCAACCAACAUGGUCAUCAAGCUCAAACAUGAGCUGAUUUUCAACUCAUACAAAACCGUCGAUGGCCGGGGAGCCAACGUUCAUAUCACCGGAAAUGGGUGUAUAACUUUGCAGUAUGUGUCUCAUGUCAUCAUCCAUAACAUCCAUGUACACCAUUGUAAGCCUUCGGGGAACACUGACAUUGCUUCAUCUCCAACUCACGUUGGAUGGAGAGGGCGGUCGGACGGUGAUGGGAUUUCCAUAUUUAGUUCUCAGAAGCUCUGGAUUGAUCAUUGCUCCCUUAGUUACUGCACUGAUGGCCUGAUCGAUGCUAUCAUGGGGUCCACCGGGAUUACCAUUAGUAAUAACUACUUUUCUCACCAUGAUGAAGUUAUGCUUCUGGGCCAUGAUGACAGGUAUUUGCCUGAUUCCGGAAUGCAGGUGACCAUAGCUUUUAAUCACUUCGGACAAGGGUUGGUGCAAAGAAUGCCAAGGUGCCGGCGGGGGUAUAUACACGUGGUGAACAAUGAUUUUACUGCAUGGGAAAUGUAUGCUAUCGGUGGUAGUGCAAACCCUACCAUCAAUAGUCAGGGGAAUCGAUAUACUGCACCAGGGGACCCCAAUGCUAAAGAGGUGACGAAGCGAGUGGACACAGACGAGAAAGACUGGACAGGCUGGAACUGGAGGACAGAGGGGGACUUAAUGGUAAAUGGAGCAUACUUUGUGCCCUCUGGAGCUGGCUUAAGCGCUCAGUAUGCAAAAGCUUCCAGUGUGGAGCCCAAGUCUGCUGCUCUCAUUGAACAGCUCACUUUCAACGCUGGCGUUUUCGGUGAGGCUAGGGAAGAGACAGGGAGCUUUUCUUAUCCAGGAUACAGCAGCGGUGGGUCCAGCAGCACCAGCACCGGUAGUGCACGGUCCGGCGAUGAUGGCGACUACUUUGGAAUGAUAUUCGGGAGCGGCUCACCACUGCCCCCAGCAUCCACAUCCAUAGCCUCAAUCUUUUUGUCUCUUCUAAUUAUUUUGGUUUUGUAUUCUAUCACCAACCAAGGUGCUCUACCAUCAUUAUUAUCAUUAUUAUUGUUAUAGAAAUUACAAAAAAAAAAAAAGAAAAGAAAAGAAAUCAAUUAUAAAUUUAGAUAAAAAUGAAAGAAUGGGAAAGAUUUCUUUGAUUAGUUUGGUUCCUAGUCCCCAUCUGAAUUACUUAACGAAGAAACAAAUGCACACCGACAGACAAUCUGUAGCUGUUGAUUAGUUUUUGUUGAUUCUUCCGCUAAUGUUGAAGAAAAAAGGCAGAGUAUUGAGAGGAUAUGAAUAUGAAGUGCUUGGCUGAGGUGGAAUAUUAGAUUCCACAUCAAAUUCAGUGCCUUUGGGUCCCCCCUUUUGUGUUGCUC